GCCUUUAUGCGGCGGUCAUGUCUUAAAGAAAAUGCAUUUUUCCUUUGGCUGGCCUCUUUAUUCCGUUCCUUUUUUAGGUAUAUUUUAAGUUGGAGAAACGAGGCAAGUUCAAAAUCCGGGUGAGCAGAAGGACGUUUGUUGAAAAGAGAAGGACGAUGUCGAUUUCACCUUUUCUGUAAAGUUCUAUGGACCCUAAGCUGAUUUUGUGGAUGCCAUGUUCGCUCGUACCCUUUCCCGCUACCAUUUCUCCACUCGUGCCACACUCAAUUUGAAUAAUACAAUCAACGGCUACCUCCGUAACGGAAAUUUAAACGCUGCCCGCCAAGUUUUCGAUGAAAAUCCUGAGUCCAGAAACAUUGUCUCCUGGAAUUCAAUAAUUACUGGAUACACGAGGCACAACCGUUGGCGACGUGCAGAAGAGUUGUUCGGCCAAAUGCCCCAGAGGGACGUUGUUUCAUGGAACACCAUGCUUUCUGGCUUCCGCCAGGCCAACCACCCAGAAAAAUCUUACCAGUAUUUCAUGAAAAUGACUAGGGCCGGCGACAAACCCAAUGAACUUACUUUUGCAGUCUUGAUUAGCGCAUUCUUGAACACGGGUUACAGUUUCUUGACCCCUCAGCUUCACUGUCGAGUGCUUUCUUCGGGAUUGAAUCUGAAUGAUUCUCUUGGAUCAGCAUUGAUGAGAGGUUACCUAGAUUUGGGCGAUCGAGAAGGGUUGUGUCGAGUGUUUGAUGAGAUUUUGGUGAAAGACGUGGCGCCUUGGAACGUGUUGAUUCUUGGUUUUAUGGAAUUUGGGCUAACAAGUGAAGCUAAGAGGGCAUUUUAUCUGAUGCCCGAGAAGAAUGCUUUCUCGUGGAGUACUCUCAUUAAUGGGUAUGUCAAGAAUAAGAUGCUAAGCGAAGCCCGCUCUGUUUUGGAUACGAUGAAUGAGAAUGAUGUUGUUUGUUGGACUGCAAUGAUAAAAGGGUAUGUACAGUGGGAAGAUUUUUGGGAGGCUUUGGAAUUGUUUAUCUUGAUGCUAAACUCGGGGCCCAGGCCUAAUCACUUCACAUUCUCAUGCGUGCUAGAUGCCUGUGCAGGCUGCUCUUCUCUCCUCAUAGGCAAUCAAGUUCACUCAUGUAUCCUUAAGGUUGGUACAGUGCUUGAUGUCAUCUUGUCGACUUCCCUUCUUGACAUGUAUGCGAAGUGCGGGGAUAUUGAGGCAGCGUAUUAUAUAUUUCAAUCCAUGUCAGAAAAGAAUCUGGUCUCCUGGAAUUCUAUAAUUGGUGGAUAUGCAAGGCACGGUCUUGCGAAAAGAGCAUUGCAAGAAUUCGAGAGAAUGGUGAAGGAAUCAACCAACCCUGAUGAAAUUACUUUUAUUAAUGUCCUUUCGGCUUGUGGGCAUGGAGGAAUGGUUGAAGAGGGUGAACGGAUAUUUAACUCCAUGAAUUCAAAAUAUGGUGUAAAACCAGGGAUUCAGCAUUUUGCUUGCAUAGUGGAUUUGUAUGGAAAAGCUGGGCAGCUCAAGAAAGCAGAGGAAUUUGUUAGGGGAAUGCCUUUUGAGCCUGAUGUGGUUGUAUGGGGGGCAUUGCUUGGGGCCUGUGGCCUACAUUCUUGUUUGGAAAUUGGCGAGUCUGCUGCCAGCAGAAUUUAUAAAUUGGAGCAAGACCAUCCUGCUGUGUAUGCAAUGCUAUCCAAGAUGCACGGUGAAAAUGAAGUAUGGAAUACCGUAGCUCAGAUGAAGAAGAUGAUAAGAGUUAAGCGUGCUAGGAAACAGAAGGCUGGUAGUUGGAUUGAAUCUUAAACUUGUCUAGUCUGUCCUUUCACAUUUUAAUUCCUGGUUAUUUGGGUUAAUUUCUGGGCAUGUUGUGAAUCAGUUACAAGGGGAUGUGGUAGCUUGAGUUAGGGCUGUGGUUGUGGUUUCAGGGCCUGUCGAGCAGCAGAGGUUUUCACUUAGACGCAUCAGAUUUCCAGCUCCAUCAUCUUUUCCAGCUUUAAGAUCCCUACUGUUCAACGGAGACAGAACAAAACAUUUAAUAGCUGAUACACAUUCUUCAGUUUCCUGGUAUUCCAUGCAACGCAUCCUGAGCCUCAAACCAUAAUAGUUUUCAUCCCUGAUGCAAGUAUUUCGGGUCAGAAGUCGACGCCUACUGCUUUGGUUUGAACUAGGCAUGACAUGUUUGUUUGUAUUUUUUUGCUAAAGCAAACGCAUUGUCCAUUGACUCUUGUUAAAUGAUAUGGAUGAAAGGGCUUUUCUUCC